CCGCUCUUUGUCUCCCCGGCGCCCGGCCUCCCCGCCACGCGACCUCCGCGUCGCCCCUUCCUGGAGGACCCUCGCGGGCCCCGCGGACGCGACGCAACGGAGCGCAACACGUAACGGCCUUCCAGGCGGGGGACACCGCCUCGGCCGGGCCUGGCGGGCGGGGAGGUGGUUCCCUCCCUCUCCCUCUCCGGGUCUCUCUCUCUCUCACGCGCGCGCGCGCACACACACACACACACACACACACACACACACACAUACGCACGCACACACACGCACGGAGCAUCCUCCCGUUAGGUCUCCUGGUCCAGCCCCGCCCGCGCCUCCAGCUUCCUGCAAACCUUCCUCUCUCCCCACCCUGCACCCAUUCCCUCCGGCUCUAGGACCCUCCUCGUCCACCCCACCCCACCCUCGGGAUGGAGCGGAUCGAGCCAGCCCGGAACCCCCCGCGGCCGGGGUGACGGCCCCCGUCCCUCUCCCGUCUGGACCCCCGCCUCGAGCACCAUGGGCCUGAGGGGUUCCCGAGGCUCCGGACGCUGAAGAUGACCGAUGCUGGAGCUGUCUGGAGUCAUGGCUUCUUCAAAGCUCCGAGAACCCACAGAUGAGGUUUUUGACCUGGACUUGGCUGUGCCAGAGACCGUCAGACUGGACAGCAGUUUACACAAGGCCCGGGCCCAACUACUGGCCAAGGGCCGGAGACACCGGCCGUCCCGCUCGAGGCUUCGGGACAGUGCUAGCUCUGCAGAGGAUGGUGAAGGCUCCGAUGGGCCUGGAGGCAAGGUGAUGGACGGUUGCGGGAGCCCCCUGCACCGGCUGCGCUCGCCUUUGCACUCGGGCCCGGGGUCCCCGGCCGGGGGCUCUUUUUGCCUGGAGCCUCCGGGGUUGCGGCGCAGCCUGGAGGAGGACGAAACGCCGCCCUCGCCGCUCACACGCUACCGGCCCCUGCACAACGCCGCCUCGCACGAGGGCCUGGCCGCCGCUUCCUGCUCUCCGCCGCGCUCCGCGCCCUCCUCGGACAGCUCGCCCAGCUUCGUGCGCCGCCACCCGCGCGCAGAGCCGCACAGCGAAGAUGACAGCCGGGAUGCCAGCCCACCUGAGCCUGCCAGCCCCACCAUCGGCCUGGAUAAGAAGACUCGCCGGAAGUUCCUGGACCUGGGGGUCACCUUACGCAGAGCGUCCACCAGCAAGAGCCGGAAGGACAAGGGCAGCAACCGCCUGUCAGUGGGCAGUAGGGAGUCGGUGGAGGGGGCCGGCAGGUCAGGGGGCUCCCCGUUCCUGCCCUUUUCCUGGUUCACAGACAGCGGCAAGGGCUCGGCGUCCUCUGGCAGCACCACCUCCCCUGCCUGCUCUCCUAAACAUGAGGGCUUCAGCCCUAAGAAGUCAGCUUCUCAGGAAUCCACCCUGAGUGAUGACUCCACACCCCCCAGCAGCAGCCCCAAGAUCCCGAGUGGUCCCCGGCAGGAGACCAAGUGUUCCUACUCUUACCACACGCUGUCCCAGUCUUCAGAUGAGUUCCUGGAUGAACCUCUCCCUGCUGUUCACCACUGGACCAGUCAGCAGGUGGGCCAGUGGCUGCAGAGCCUCAACUUGGAACAAUAUGCUGCCGAGUUUGCUGCACGGCAGGUGGAUGGGCCGCAGCUGCUGCAGCUGGAUGGAAGCAAACUCAAGAGCCUGGGGCUCAGCAACUCGCAGGACCGGGCGCUAGUGAAGCGGAAGGCGAAGGAGCUGGCGGCCGCGGCCGAGAGGGCACGCAAGGCCCAGGAGAAGGCUGCACGGCAGCGUGAGAAGCUCCGGCGCAGGGAGCAGGCCAAGAAGAGCUAGGGGAGGGUGGGGGUGGGGUGAGCACUGGCACCUGGCAUGGGGUGGCCGCUGGGCUUGGGCACGGGCCUCACUAGGAAGGCAGGGCCUGGCCCCACGCUGUCAGCAGGUACACACCCUCUUACUCUAUCACUCCGUCUGGACCCAGAUCCCCCAAAGGGAGACCCCAGCGAGAGGGCCUAGUAAUAAAUCUUACUUCAAGGA